AUGGCCCUCUUGAAAUCUACAGGGUACGGCCUCGCCGCUCUGGUCGGCCUCUACGCCAUCUUCAUCAGCCUACUCACCAUCCCCUCCGUCCAGAACCAAGUCAUAUACCUCAACCAUGUCACGCAGACCUGGUUCCAGGACCUCAACACGCCCGAGCAAUGGGGCUUCUUGCGCAAUCAAGUAACACCAUUUAUACUGCCUACUCCAGAUGGGGAAUGCCUAUACGCCUGGCACUUACUGCCACCUGGCCUCUACGCGCAUCACGAAGAGGAACUGCUGCAGGAGCCGCCCGGACUCGUUCGAGAUGUUCGGGAGAGACUAAGCUUCAAGCUUCUGCGCGACGACCCGUCUUCCCUACUUGUGCUAUACUUCCAUGGUGCCGCUGGCACACUCGGGUCGGGUUGGCGACCGCCCAGUUAUCGAGCAAUGUCCGUGGGCGCGCCGGGGCGCAUACAUACUGUGGCCAUAGACUACCGCGGCUUCGGCUCCAGCAGCGGCUUCCCAUCCGAGCAGGGCCUCCUGACCGAUGCAACGACGCUGGCCGGGUGGGCCAUGGAAGACGCUGGCAUCCCGGCUUCACGCAUCGUGAUAUUCGCGCAAUCGCUGGGGACCGCUGUCGCCUUGUCGCUCGUACACCACAUGGCGACACGCCCGGAACCGACGUUCUUCUCUGGGUUGAUCAUGGUCGCGCCGUUCGCCGACGUCGAGAGCCUGACGGCUACGUACCGGAUUGCUGGUACUAUCCCGAUCUUGGACCCCGUCGCUCGAUUCCCGCGGGUGUUGGCGUGGCUCAAUACGUUCAUCCUAAGCAAGUGGACCAGCAACUCCAAGAUAGAGGCGUUCGUACGGCUGUGCGAGAGCAUGAAGGGGGAGGAGGCGCGGUACCACAUCAGCAUCAUCCACGCCAAGGACGACACCACGAUCCCGUGGUCGCACAGCGAGCAUCUCUUCUGGCAUGCCGUCAACGCGUCGCUGCCGGCCGGGAUCGGCUAUGCCGAGCUUGAAGAGGAGAAGGGGCUGUCGAGGAUCGAUCGCGGUGCUGGGGGUUGGGUCGUGGAGCGGCGGACUCGGAAGGGCGUCCUUCGCGAGGAGAUUAUGGAGUUCGGUGUUCAUGACAGGAUCAUGUCUUAUCCGGUCGUCAGUCUCGCAGUAGCACGGGCCUUUGGUAGCUUGGGUUGA